AUGGCUGCGGCGGGAGGUGCGGCGAGCAUCAUAACGCAGGUACAGCAGGGUGGACCCGCACCGAUCAAUACUUCAUUAGGAGGUUCCGAGGAGAAUAUCACGCUUGAGCUGCGCGGCACUCGCUUUACUCUUUCCCGCGAUGAGCUGCUAACGCUCCCGGAGUUUGUCCUGCUCUCGCUGUUUCCGAACGGCCUAUUACCCGAUAGCCACAUGAGCAGCUAUCAUGAUGGCGACGUGUAUCCCGUUGACGUAAGCAAAACCACCGCCACCACUCGCAUCGUGACCCAGGCAACCAAAGGUCGCCCGGUGUCUGUGGUCGAAGUGCAGAGAAUGCUCUCCAACGACAAUGUAUACCUAUCUGACAUCUUAUAUCGCUCACAGUACGACCCGACAUCCCUGCAAUACAUGCUCGAAUUCUUCCGGCAAGUGGCGCAGACCAUACCGCAAUCUUCGGAGGAAGCGGCGCACGAGCCAUCAUCAGCAAGCACAAUGCCAAUUGAUCCCAUGCCUGGCAAUGCGCGAGACAUGCUACACGACCGCGCCGGCAUCAUCGUGCUGAGAGAAGACCUUGACUUCUAUGUCAUUCCUCCACGGAAAGAUAUCGAGCAGGCGGAGAUGAUCGAUGUCAAGCGUGCGGCCGGCAAGGCCCUACUGCGACAAGAUGGCAUCUUCUCCGGUCUGCGGAAAAGCGAAGAGCCCGGCACGACUGAGCAACACCUCAUCGAGAUGUUGACGGCAGGCGGCUUCGACCAUGCAGACACUUGGGGCCACCGGGCCGCAGAGCCCAACAAAGCCGUCAUCUGUUCCAUCGGGCUCGCCCGUUUGCGUACCGACAUCCGAGGUGCGAGCGUCUCGGAUCCGACGAACGGCGCCAACAGCAACGCGGUUGGUAUGGCGCAGAAGCUCUUGCUGUUCUGGCGAAAGCCGGCGCGUAGAUGUUGGUGGGAAGGCGUGGAGCUUGACAAUGUCGAGGGUGUCGACGCAGGUAAGAGACUCAAGGUCUGGAUUCGGAGGGUCUGGACUUUGGAAAUGGUACGUACCUCCGCCACACAGCGCUUGUUGAAUCACCAGGAUGUUGUGCUUACAUAUUUUGGUUUAGAGUGUCAUCGGGCUGCGUUGAGUGCGCAGAGAAGUAGUUUUUCUAUUGCGGCGUAUAGCGACUACUCAGAUACCCUUGGUUGCGAAGAAAGUCUUCGUUUGCAGGAAGUGAAUGUACAGAAAGAGGGGAGAUGCAUGGUAUGGCAGGACAAGGAGCGAUGUUGUAUCGCAUUGACCAUUGCGGGCUGA